AUGACGGACAUGAAAUGUGAUAUGAAAAGUAACCUGCUGUUUUACAAUAUCAGAGAGUUUCCAGAUGAAGAUUGUAAUGGUUUGAUUCAAAACCUCCAGCUUAAACUGAAAUUGAAUGAUGUUGAUAUUGAAUCGGCGCACCGCUUGGGCCGCAGACGGGAUCAAGUCGACAAAAAUAUGACUUUUCCCAAGAGUACCAGCUUAGAGGUCGAUAAAUCGGCAAGACCUAUUGUAGCUAGGUUUGCAAGUCGCAGCGAUAGAGAAAAGGUCAAGCGCGAGGGUUCUGGUUUGAGAGAGCAUGGUUUGAAUCUUAGUGAGCAGUACCCAAGAGAAGUAGUGCAGAAAAGGAAAGAACUAAUGCCAAUUUUAAAGCGCGAGAAACAGAAAGAUUACUUACGAUAUGUCACUAUCCCGAAAUAUCGAGUAGCUCUUACUAAAUUAAGAUGUUCGUCACACACUCUAGGUGUUGAAACUGGGAGAUAUAAAAAGUUAAUUAGAUCCUCAAGAAUAUGUUCCAACUGUACUGGAAAUGAGGUGGAUGAUGAGUAUCAUUUCACUCUGAUUUGCCCAAAACAUGCUUCUUUAAGAGAACUUUAUAUACCAAGAUACUAUUAUGAAUUUCCGACCAUUAUUAAGUUUGUAACUCUCAUGUCAAGUAAUUCCACAGAUCUGUUAUGGAAUUUAUCCAAAUUUGUUUUUCAUGCUAUGAAAUGA